AUGAAGUACGCUGCUUUCCUUACCACCAUCGGCGCUCUGGCCUCCCAGGCCUUUGCGGUUAGCGUCCAAGGCACCGCCGAGGGUUUCGCCUCGUCUGUGACCGGCGGUGGUAGUGCUACUGCCGUCUACCCUUCCACCACCGACGAGCUGGUCUCGUACCUCGGUGAUGAUGAGGCCCGUGUGAUUGUGCUCACCAAGACCUUUGACUUUACUGGAACCGAGGGUACCACCACCGCAACUGGUUGCGCUCCCUGGGGUACUGCCUCUGGCUGCCAGGUAGCCAUCAACCAGAACGACUGGUGCACCAACUACGAGCCUGAUGCUCCUUCUGUUUCGGUGUCCUACGACAAUGCCGGCACGCUUGGUAUCACCGUCAACUCCAACAAGUCCCUCAUCGGUGAGGGCACCUCCGGUGUCAUCAAGGGCAAGGGCCUUCGUAUCGUCAGCGGUGCUGAGAACAUCAUCAUUCAGAACAUCGCCGUCACCGACAUCAACCCCAAGUACGUCUGGGGAGGCGACGCCAUCACCAUCGACCAGGCCGACCUCGUCUGGGUCGACCAUGUGACUACCGCUCGCAUCGGCCGCCAACACUACGUCCUCGGCACCGAAGCCAGCAACCGCGUCACCCUCUCCAACAACUACAUCGACGGCGAGUCCGACUACUCGGCCACCUGCGACAACCACCACUACUGGAACGUCUACCUGGACGGCUCCAGCGACAAGGUCACCAUGAAGGGCAACUACUUCUACAAGACCAGCGGCCGCGCCCCCAAGGUCCAGGGCAACACCUACCUGCACGCCGUCAACAACUACUGGAACGACAACUCCAACCACGCCUUCGAGAUCGGCUCCGGCGCCUACGUCCUCGCCGAGGGUAACCUCUUCUCCGACGUCACCGCUGCCGUCGAGUCCUCCAGCUUCGCGGGUGAGCUGUUCGGGUCCUCGAGUGCCUCGUCUACCUGCGCGUCUUAUAUCGGCCGGAGCUGUGUCGCCAACUCGUUCUCCAGCUCCGGGACGCUCUCCGGGUCGACUACUGAUGUGCUGUCCAAGUUCAAGGGUGAGACGGUUGCCUCGGCGAGUGCGGCUGGCACUUCUCCUGCCUCUUCGGCUGGUCAGGGCCAUCUGUAG